UGAAAAACCAACCGAUGUGCCACUCCAACGGAGAUUAUUUUAUUUAUUUUUAAUCCUUCUCAGGUGACAAUGAUGUUGGAUUAUAUUAAACAAUAACUAGCCAUCGACACACAUAUAUAUAUAUAUAAGUCGCCUGCAUUGCUCCCUUGUUCUUGGUGAGUUUUGGGAGUGAUAUAUGUGUGUGUAGGAUGUGUAGUGUGUGUGAAUGUGAGUGUGUGUGACGGAAUCCCCCUCCAGUCUUCAAGAAUCCGCGAGCGACGCAAGGAGCGGAGAGAGAGAGAGGGGGGGGAGGAGGAGGUGCGUGAACCGGUCCUCUCUCACUGCGGAACCCCGCGCGCUGAGCUGCCUGCCUGGAGAUUCCAGAACAUAUCAACCUUUUUGGAUUCUAUUUUAUUUUAAAAACCAACGAUCUUUAACGAUUUUUUAUUUUAUUUUUCAUUUUCCGUCAACCAUCUGUGUGGUAAUCGAGAACACCACCGUGAGGAAUUAACCGUUUAUCGGUGGGGGGGAGAAGAACAGGUGGAUUAAGCGCUGUUUUGGGUUUGAUAUCAACGGAUGUGUGUGUGGAUAUGAGACGUUGUGGCUCCCUGGACGCUCAGAUGAAGUAGAAGGUUGCGAUGUCCUCUCCAACUCGGCUUCUGGAGCGAUGUGGCACAGAAAUGAGAUCAAGUUUGAACACUUUACUUGUUGGUUAGCUGACGCCCUGAGUCCAGCCGGGAACACCGGAGCUGCGCGUGGGGGCGGACGGCUGCGGGGCCGUGUGUCUGUCGUUAAAGAUGGUGACUGGGAGACAAAAGGUACAUGCAUCCAGACCUCAGCCACACCAACUCUACCGCCACAGCUCCGCUUGGUGACACUGAAGGGUUCCACUAUGGGCCGGUUGGGCUGGGUCCUCCUCACCCUCCCAGCCCUGCUCUCCCAGAUCAGCGUUCUGGCAGCGGCCCAGAAGCCACCUGGGCUGAGCGUGGGGGUGGUCUUGGGUCAGACGCGGCCAAUCAGUGACCAGGAUAUAAUCCCGGUAAGGCAGAACGACUACCCUCUGGAGCUGACUGUCACCACCCUGAGAAUCAACCAGACAGACCCCAAGACUGUCAUCACACAGGUGUGUGAGCUGCUCCAGAGGAAGCCUCUCCAUGGUCUUGUCUUCGCUGACGGGACGGACCAGGAAGCUAUCUCUCAGAUCCUGGACUUCCUGUCCUCUCAAACAUCACUUCCUGUCCUGGGGGUGUACGGGGGAUCCUCCAUGAUCAUGGCCGACAAG